UUCGGUAUUUUUGAGAGACGGUAGUGGGGUCAUUUUAUGCAUGCAUUCCAUACAAAUCGUUACCUCACAUUUUGAAUCUUUGUUAAAUAUAACAGGCAUGAUAUAAUAGUGUGCACAGUCUGUUCAUGAAAUGAAAGUGAAAGCAUGUGUUUGUGCGUCAGCACAACUUAUAAUGCUGUUGGCAAAGACAAAUGUAAGGAAGUGGAAGUAGAAUUCUCUGAAUGUACGCAAAGCAAGAUAUUUUCUUGCAGGGUUUCACACAGCUCAUUUUAUGGUAGAAUGGGGGUGUCUGACCAACCCUGCUCCUGGAGGGCUACCACCCUGUAGAGUUUAGCUCCAACCCUAACCAAACACACCUGAAAAAUCUAACCAAAGUCUUCAGGAUUAUUUAGAAAAGAACUGCAGUCUCAAAAAGGAGCAACCAGAGUUCAUUGUCAUCUCAUACUGUUGUGUAAGUGCCAAAAUGCCAGUGGAAUUCAGUGGAUGGGAGGCAUACUGCGAUAAGUCAAAGCACCUUAAACCAGGUCAAGAACCCAAAAAGAGCCACGGCUACACUAUGUACCAUGGGACACUCAAAACCAAUGCCCCAGCUAUCAUAUCAUCAGGGUUUCGGCCCUCUCUUGGGGGAACUCUGGGUCCUGGAGUCUACUGUAGUAGGGACAUUAACAAAGCAAUGGGUUAUCCAGGAUGUGCUCCCAAUGACAGAGUUGUGUUAAAGCUACGAGUAAGAGUGGGUAAAGUGAAGAAGAUUGACAGACAAAACAUGAACCUGAUGACCUCAUGGCAUCAGAAUGGAUAUGAUACGGCCUGGUUACCUGCAUCUGUUCUUGGACUUGAAGAGGACUGUGUUUUUGACCCAAAGAGACUCACUGUGAUUGGGAUAGCCCAUUGCACAGACACCAGUGCGAAGAAUUCUCUGGAAAGUCUCAUAAAGCAGAAAAGCCAAUCACAAGAACCAAAGGAGAAAGAUCUGAAAUUGUGUAAAGGCUGUGGAAUGCAAACCCAGGAUAAACACACAAUGGAGAAAUGCUGGUCCUGUAAAGCAUCCAUAUGCCCCUUCAUGAAGAAUCAUGUUUGCCGAAAGAAAGGGAAGUAACCAUUACUGAGUACUCCAAUUUAGUUAAAUGACACACUUUAAAUAUCUGUGAAGUGAUAUUGAGCUUUGUUAAAUGCACUUAAUAAAUAAAACAUAUUAUUA